GAGGGGAGGAUUUGUAUUCAGUCAGUGACGGAGCCAACUUUCCAACAGUCACAAGCUCCACACCGUCUUCUCUUAUAUUCUCUCUACCACUGGUUUAUUUUCCAAUCUUGUGUCAGAAAAGGCAAGACAAAAACAAGAACACAAACAACCAUCAUGGCUGCGCCAACGUGGAUGGUUUUAUUCGUCUCCUCAGCUCUUCUCUGUCUACACAUUUCCGCCAACAAAGUGUCAGGUGUGCAGCACAAAGUCAAAUGCGACACGGCCGAAAUGACAGUCGAAAUGGUCCUGCCCGACACCGUCACCGACGUCUACCUAGAAGGCAUGAAAGAAUACGGCAAAGAUAUCGGUUGCCAACCGAUGAUGGAAGGCAAUACGGCUUCCUUCCGCCUAUCCAUCGCCCAAUUCUACCGCUGCGGAAUGACCAAAGUCGUCGACCAGACGAACGGCCAUCGGGUCUACUACCACCGGAUCGUGGUCGAAAGUGAAUCACUCGAGAAGGAAUCCAUCGUCGUCAAGUGCGGAUGGAUGCCGCAUCAUCCGGAACGUCACCGAGCCAAACGUCAAGGUGAACUGUCCCCCGACUUUCAAGAAGACGAAGAGUAUGACAUCACGGUGAUCGAAGGACGGGCGCCCGAACCUAUUUUGGGCAUUGCCGUCCGCCAGAACGGCCAAUUGGUCGGCUCCGAUUUGAACGUCCAGCCGGGCACCCUCCUCCAGAUGGAAGUUUUCCUGGACCCCAACAGCACGUCGACUUACGGCCUUAGAGUCUCUUACAUGGACGUCACAGAUCGACGCACCAAAGAAGAAACCAUCAUUCUCAACGGGUGUUCGGUGGAUCCGUAUCUUUUCGAGAAUUUCAACACGGUCGAUGGCGAUACUUUGACGGCCCGGUUCAGGGCCUUUAAAUUCCCCGAGACCAAUUACGUUCUCUUCCGGGGCACAAUCGAUGUCUGUCUCGACCGUUGCUCAGGGGUCGAGUGCAGCAACGACCAGUUGGCUUUCGGUCGUAAACGGCGAGCCGCUUCACCAACCACAGCAGCGGCCGGCAGCAGCAAGUUGGACCGGACUGACCGAGUCUUUGAAGUUUCCAUGACUACGCUGGUCAAAUUCGACUCUGAAACUGGACUCCAAAAAGAUGUUUUGGAAUCGGCCCAGGCCAAAGGGGUCGACACGGUGGAACAGCCCAUCCAAGCCCAGCAAUCUCAAUCGGUUCUCAACGAGUCUGAACCUUCGUCGAAAGCGACUGCUCCUCAGCAACCCUCACACAAGACCGAACCUCAACCGGAACCGGAGCCAGCAGCAUCCGCCGAACCUAAAAAUGCUUCGCUGGCCGUCCAGAUGAACUAUUACUGGAUUGCUGUCGCCUUAAUGGCAGGCCUACUGUACAACUAAUAAACUAAUUCAACAAUUUUUUAAAUAGGGGGACUAAAAAAAAACUAAAAUUAACCCGCCUAACUCAAAUUUUUCUGUGUGUAAUAUCCGAAAUGAUUUGUUUUCCCACGGAGUUGUGCAAUCUUUGUACUAUUGAGAGUUGAGACGAUUAAAAAAUAUUAAAAACAAACGCCCGAAAGGUGCUUUUGCGAAAAAACUAAAACUAAAAAAUGGGUGGUCUUACAUAGCCUCGCUAUUAUGGGUAUAGCAAUUGCUGACGUCAUCGACCCCGCUCCACUUUCUCGCCCGAACAUCUCUCUCUCUUUUCUCUCUCUCUCUCUCCCAACAGCAUUUUGAUAGUCGCAUUAUUUGGUUGUUGUUGUGUUUUUGGGUUCAUUCUCUCUUUUUAUUUUCUUUUACCAACGUGUGUCGUCGACUUGCGAAAGAGCUGCGCGCUUUUAGCUAUUGAGGUCAACUCACGAGCUCCUAGCCGCAGGAGCCUUCAACUCCCGCAAGUUUCCCUCUCGCUCCCGUUUUGAAAAAAAUUAAAAACUAAAACUGGGAAAAUAUUUUCACGCAGCUUUGUGCGCAAUACAAAAAUAUGUGUUUGACAAAAA